UUUUUAUUUAUUAUCCGAAUAAUACUUGAGCGAUCAUGGCGGACUUGCUGGCUGUCCCGUUGAAAAAACCGUCGGACAUCGACGUGACCAAGCCGCUGAAGAACUUGAUCGCGUCCGUGUACAGCACGUCGGACAAACCCGUCGACUACACAGAGGAGAUCAAUGAGUUCAGCAAGCUCCGUAACAACGCCCUGUGGAAGGCGUUUGAGAAAUACGAGUCGUCCCUCGAGCUCAUUUAUUGCUACUAUGACCAACUAUGUGCAAUGGAAACGAAAAUCCCUGCUCAUGAAAUUCAGAUCCCCUUUAAGUGGAAAGACGCUUUUGACAGGGGCAGUCUCUUUGGAGGCAGAUUGAGUCUAACAAUUGCUUCUCUUGCUUAUGAGAAGGUUUGCGUCCUAUUCAACAUCGCUGCACUGCAGAGUUGUGUGGCUGCCAAUCAGACCAUGGAGACGGACGAAGGAAGAAAACUCGCCGCCAAACUUCUGCAGCAGUCAGCGGGAAUUUUCAACCACCUCAAGUCAACAGUCUUGUCUUCCAUCCAACAAGAUCCGACACCAGAUUUGAAAGCCGAAACUCUUGGUGCUCUUUCAGCUCUGAUGCUGGCGCAGGCGCAAGAAAUUUUUGUCCAGAAAGCUAUUCAAGAUCGCAUGAAGGAUGCUGUGAUUGCAAAACUGAGCUCGCAGUGCGACGAGCUUUACACAGAGGCCUACAAAUUGAUGCAGAAGGAAAGUCUGCACCCUCUUUGGGAAAGAGGAGACUACGACUGGCUUUCGGUAGUUGGAGGAAAGCAAGCUGCUUACAAAGGCCUGGCUCAGUAUUACCAAAGUCUAGUUUGCAACGCUGGUAAAAGUGUUGGUGAAGAAAUUGCCAGGCUUCAGUAUGCUCUUGAGCUUUUCAAGACUGCACAACAAGUUUCUGGAAAGGCUACCUUCUUCCAAGACUUUGUAAACAAAGCUCAGAAGGCCUUGACUGAAAGCAAGAAAGACAAUGACUUCAUAUACCACGAGAGGGUGCCAGACUCAAAGUCCUUGGCAGCAGUCGGAAAGGCACCUUUAGCAAAAGCCAUUCCCAUGACCGAGAAAAUGAGCGCUUCUUCUAAAGACUUGUUUGAAAAUCUCGUGCCUGUGCCUGUAUUACAAGCGAUGGCUGCGUACAGUGUCAGGAAAACUGAUUUGGUCAACACAGAAAUCAUGAAACUGAGAGAAGCUACUCAACUGCUGAAUAGCAUUUUAGCAUCUUUAAAUUUGCCAGCCGCUUUGGAGGACACCACUGGUGCUGAGAUUCCUCAUUCGAUGCAAGAAAAAGCAGCAAGUGUCAAAUCAAGUGGAGGUCUGAAUGACCUUCAGAAAAUGCUUCAAGAGCUGCCCGAACUCCUACAGAGGAAUCAGGAAAUUCUGAAUGAGUGCAAUCGAAUGGUGAAGGAAGAGGAGGAUUCUGACACCCAGCUCAGGAAUCAGUUCAAAGAGAAAUGGACUAGAACUCCAUCAGCUAAAUUGACUGACACCUUCAAAGCAAAUGUCGUUAAAUACCAAACGAUCAUCACGAAUGCAAUUGAAGCUGACAAGAAGGUGAGGGCCAAAUUUGAAACACACUCCGAGGGAAUCUACCUGCUCGAUGGAGACAUCAGUGCCUUGCAAGCAGCACUUCCUGCCUGUGGCUCGAGUGGCGCCAGCAAGAGUUCCGCUGCUUGUCAGUUGCGCAAAUUGAUGGAGAACGUGGAGGCAAUAAAAGCUGAGCGAGAUGUGAUUGAGAGUGAGCUGAAUUCCCCGACUUCAGAUAUGCAUGAUAAGUUUUUGUCGGCUCUUGCUCAAGACGGUGCUAUCAAUGAAGCAAAUUUGUCGGUCGAGGCUCUUGGCCGCACUUACGGUUCACUGAGCAAACAGGUUCAGGAGAGCUUACAGCGUCAAGAAGCACUGAUUGCAGAGAUUCAGAGAGUGAACUCUGAAUUUUGCAAGGAGAAGAGUGGGGCUGGGGCAGCUGCAAUGCAAAGAGAAGAGAUGCUCAAGAAAUUGGCUGCCGCCCAUGACGGAUUUAUGGAGCUGCAGGUCAACCUGAAAGAAGGUUCCCGUUUCUACAAUGACCUGACUAAUCUGCUGGUGAAUUUCCAAAACAAAGUUUCUGAUUUCUGCUUCGCCCGCAAGACGGAAAAGGACGAACUCUUGAAAGAUUUGACCUCUGACCUGAGCAAGGUCACUGCAGGGACUCCCAGCAUUCCAGCCCAUCAUGAGAGUGCACCUCCAACGCCGUCCUCGGCUCCAGCCGCUCAUAGUGCACCUCUUCCCUACCCUGUUCAGCCUCAGGGAAUGCCUCAUCCGUAUGCACAACAAGGAGUCAACCCGUAUGCGGCUUAUGCUCCGAUGCCCACUGGUUACAACCCUUACGCUUAUCCGCAAGCUCCUUAUCCUCAGCAACAGCAUCCUGCUUCCUACUCUUAUCCGUACCCGCCACCGCAAACAGGGUAUCCUCAGCAAUCUGGCUUUCCUUCAUAUCCAGGCUACCCGCCUCAGCCACCCCCUAACCAGCAGCAGCAGCCACCUUGGUAAUAAGAAAAUCAAAAUAGCAGCUUGAAACUCGCAUAAAGUCACUCCUGAUGAGGCUGGGUGCUAAUUGUUAUAUGAAUUCUUUUUUGCUGAGGUUAAUUAAUUCAGCUGCUAAAUUUUCUGCAAAUUUUAAGCCACCAUUCAGAGCUUUAUUGAGGUAUUGUUUACCAAACCAGUUAAUUGUGAUGAUCAACAGAAUGGAUGCCUAACAUAUAUUUUAAAAUAACCUUUUUUAUCAAACAUAUUAGCACUAUUAUUUUGAUUCAAGCAAGUGCAUUUUUAGUCUUUUUUUUUGUAGAAUUUUAAUUUUAACAAUAUAUUAUCUUCAUGUUAUAAAAGUCAGCAGUUUUGAAAUAGCAAAAUACAGCUUUUGUGAAGUAUGAGUUAUUUAGAUAUAUGUCGCCUUUUUUUGGAUUUCAUAAUGCAGUUCCCACAUUAAUUAAGAAAUGUAUCCAUUAUAUUACGAUGAAUAAAAUGGAAAGUAAAAUUAUUAAGA